GAGCGGUGGUGUCAUGGCGGCGCACUGCUCUGCUGGACUUACAAGAGGUCUUGGAGGUUUUCUUAGGGGCAUAUGUGGGCUUAAGGUCUGUGAUCCGCACACGACCCCUCUGUCUCAGCAGUCUCGGUGUUUUUUCUGGAAAAAGUGGAAUAGUCAAUCCCACAGUAUAGUGCGCCCAGAGACUGUCCGGCCUGCCUACGCAGUACCAAAACAUAUUGUGCAUCCUGACUAUGUGGGCACUGGAGUAGUCCCAGAAUGGCCGGACUACAUAGAGAUAAAGAACCAGGAGCAGAUUGAGGGCCUGGCCAGAGCCUGUCAGUUAGCCAGACAUGUGCUGCUGCUUGCCGGGCAGGGACUACAGGUUGGUAUGACAACAGACGAAAUCGACUUCAUCGUGCAUCAGGAGACAAUCAAACACAACGCCUACCCAUCUCCUCUCAGAUACGGAGGCUUUCCAAAAUCUGUGUGCACCUCUGUCAAUAAUGUGGUGUGUCAUGGCAUUCCUGAUAGCCGUAAACUUAAAAAUGGGGACAUUAUUAACAUUGACGUCACUGUAUAUCUAGACGGUUACCAUGGUGACACGUCAGAGACUUUUCUGAUUGGUCAGGUGGAUGAGAUUGGACAGAAGUUAGUGGAAACUGCCAGGCGUUGCAGAGAUGAGGCAAUUGCCGCCUGUCACCCCGGGGCUCCCCUCUGUGUUAUAGGAAACACUAUUAGCAAAAUAGCACACGCCAGUGGCUUCCAAGUGUGCCCAUAUUUUAUAGGACAUGGAAUUGGCUCUAGUUUUCAUUGUCAUCCUGAGAUCUGGCACCAUGCAAAUGACAAUGAUAUGACUAUGGACGAAGGAAUGGCUUUUACAAUAGAGCCCAUACUAAUGGAGGGGUCGCCAGAGUUUAGGAUUCUUAAAGACAAGUGGACGGCAGUAUCUGCAGAUGACAAAAGGUCCGCUCAGUUUGAACACACAGUGGUCGUUACAGCUGAUGGAGUGGAUAUUCUCACCAAACUGCCUGAAGAGGACGUUGCAUGAGCGAUAUAUAAAACUAAAGCUACUUAUGGUAAAAUGCUGCUUUGACUUUUUACAAUUUUUGUAUCAUAAAUUGUAUAACUACAAUGGCGCACAACAAACUUUCUAUUCUUAUUUAUUUGUCAGUAAAUAAAAGGUGAAUUUUU